AUCCCAGUCUAAUCAGGUGUGUUGUAAUUGCAACUCAAUAUUGGUCUUCCUACUAUUUGGUCUACCUAUGGGAGACCAACAACUCACAAAACAAAGUUUGUCCAGCGUCUGGUUCUCGGGAUCGGCCCUCCGACCUCUAUCUUAAGCGUCUCCUGCUUAUAAUUAGCAGGGAGUAAUCUGAUUAUCGUCCGGUCCAUGCGUGCCAUUUCUCACCGAAUCUAACAUGUGACUCCCAGCCUUGAGCUCAAAUCUCACCUUAGGCAUUCUUCGACAUUGUUUAACUGUCGUCAUGUCUUCGUCACUAGCAGUGCCCCCCUUGGCUGUGGGAGCUUCUCAAGCCGAAGAUAAACCACCCAAACCUCCAGCUCCAGUCGUGAAUUUCCCCAAUUCCCCAAUUCCGAAGAAUUCACUUGGAGAGGGACGGUUCAUCAAGACUGCUGCUGCUCUCAUCAUUGGAGAUGAGAUCUUGAAUGGGAACACGUUGGACCGUAACUCGAACUACUUUGCGCGCUUCUGUUUUGAGAAUGGUAUUGAGCUCCAGAGAAUCGAGGUAAUUGCAGACGACGAGCUCGAGAUUCUUGAAGCUAGCCGAAGGAUGGUCCAGAAAUAUGAUUUCGUCAUCACCUCUGGUGGCAUAGGGCCUACUCACGAUGGUAAGUGCAUCAACCCCUGUUGUGACAGUCGAAGGUCUGAAUGCCUCUCAUUUCGAGAUAUCACAUACGCCUCGCUCGCAAAGUCUUUCGGACAAGAGCUCAAAUACCAUGGUGAAACCAUCGCGCGUAUGGAAGAAGCCAGCCGACACCGCACAUGGAUCACGCAGCAGAGCGAGGAGCAACGCACCGCUCGUAAACGUAUGGCAUUGUUUCCGGAAGCUGGCGAGGUUCUUUUUGUCGCUAGCGACAUCUGGGUUCCUGUUGUUCGACUGGAAGGCAAGCUAUGUAUAUUUCCAGGAAUCCCAUCACUCUUCCAGAAGCUGUUAGACAACUUGAAGCCUUUCUUACCUCUACCCACGGAAGAUGCGCGUCCCUUCCGGCUUCAAGUCUUUACUCCACUUCCGGAAUCGUCCAUUGCGCCAUUCCUUACAGCUCUACAGAAGCGUGUUAAGCCUGAGAAUAUCCGGAUAGGCUCUUACCCGCUCCUUCAGCCAGGGGCACACAUUGCACUAAUUGGAUUAGACCGUGAACGUGUCAAAGAACUCGGGUUGGAGGUGGAGAAAGAGUUGCAAGGACGUAUACUGAGUGCAGAGGAGACCGAGGCCAUGAUCAAGGCAAAGAGGCAGUGAUGUAAGUAGUAUUGUAUGACAUUGUGUGUUCAGGAAUAUACGAUCACCUUAGUGAUGUGAAAGGCUCAAAAACUGGCAGGUUCGGAACCCUUUGGCCGACGCUGCUGCUCCAGUUUAACGUCUCCCGCAAGAACGUCCCUGAGCAGCACCAAGGUUGCCUUCGUAAAAGCCAUCAUGUUCUUCU